CGGACGAAGACCGAUGAUAUAAUAGACGACGACAUCGACAUACAUAACCAGCACAGACAGACAGCUGUACAGCUUGCAGGACCUCACACGCAAUGGCUUCUGCACGGCCUGCCGCCCGCCUCGCAGGCGACCUUCUCCGACUUGCACCUCGCCGACCUACACCACUAGUACCUACACCACCAACGACAACCGUCUCGAACUCAUGUCGCUCCUUUACGAUACGCACCCGCUUUCUUCACGACCGUGCCUUUUCUGUUCCUACUACGCCGAACCCCAAAAAACUGCCGAAACAUGAUGCUCCUCGAGGUCCAAAGGAUCGACAAACCCGAACCCCUCCCCGACAAGCGCGCGCCGCGCCCACAAGUCUGGCCGUAGGCGCUGGCGUUGCUGUCUUGGCUUCCUACCUCUACAACCGUGAUCGCGAACAUGACAACAAGAGCAAGACAAAAGUUAAGCUCAAUAGCAACCAGACCGGUCGAGACAAGGAUCCAGAUAAAGAACCACUACCACCGCCCUCUCCAGAGGAAGAAAGUUCCCAACGACCCAACGAAAUCACCGACGACCUCCGUGAACCCCUCUCUCGCCCCCGCUACCGCCUCUCCGAAAUCCGAUCCCAGCACUCCUCUACCUCCAACACUCCCUGGGUCACCUACGCCGACAAAGUCUACGACAUCACAUCCUGGGUCGGCGCGCACCCAGGCGGGGACGUGAUUCUGCGGGCGGCCGGUGGUCCAAUCGAGCCGUACUGGGACAUCUUCACGAUCCACAAGACCUCGCCCUACGUCCGCGACAUUCUGGAACAAUACUGCAUUGGGUAUAUCCACGUGGAUGAUCUAGACCCCGUGACAAAAAGGCCAAAGAUGGACAAAAUAGAAGACCCGUUCGAAAAAGAUCCCGAGAGGGAUGAGCGGCUGGUGACGCAUACGGCGAAGCCGAGGAACGCCGAGACUCCGUCCGACUUGGUGGGAGCAGACUUCAAGACGGAUGAAAACGUGUUCUACGUGCGGCAUCACAUGUGGGUGCCUGUUGUGGAUGAUGCCCCAGAAGAGAAGCAUGUCCUCAGCGUGGAGUUGCCGGACGGAGAGACACGGGGCUACACCCUCAAGGAGUUGAAGGAGAGGUUUCGGAGACACAAAGUCACAGCGACGCUGCAGUGCUCGGGCAACAGACGGAACGAUAUGACGCGCCACGCGGGCAAGACGAACGGGCUACAAUGGGGCGUGGGCGCUAUCAGUAAUGCGGAGUGGGAAGGCGUCUUGUUGAGGGAUGUGUUGAAGGAUGCAGGGUUGAAGGUCGCCGAUCCAUCUACUGCUACUGCCGUUCCUGUCCAGCCAUCUUCCUCCCCAUCGUCCAACUCUGACGGCGGCGACGACAUCCCUUCCCAAAAGGACCUUCAUGUCCAGUUCUCCGCACUCGAAGCUUACGGCGCCUCCAUCCCCUUGUCCAAAGCCCUCGAUCCUACCGGUGAUGUCCUCCUCGCCUUCGACAUGAACGGGCGCGCUCUACCUCGCGAUCACGGAUUUCCUCUGAGGGCCAUUGUUCCCGGUCAUGUGGCUGCUCGCUCGGUCAAAUGGUUAAACAAGAUUGUUGUAAGCGACGAAGAGAGUCCAAGCCAGUGGCAACGAAGAGAUUACAAAAGCUUUGGACCGAAUGAGGGCGCGAACCCGGAUUGGGAGCGGGCGAGGAGUAUACAGGAGAUGCCAGUCACGUCAGCAAUCACGGGGGUUUGGGUAGGGAGUGAUUGUUUGAAGGGCAAGUACCAGAGCGAUGAUAAUAAGCAAAAAGAGACCACCGUCGAUUUGGCCGGGGUGGAUGGGCUGAAGGUUGGGUGCUCCAAGACUGCUACCACCACUACCACCCCAUCCCCAUCUCCCAUUGAAACCAACCCCCAAAUCCCCAUCACCAUGCAAGGCUACGCCUACUCAGGCGGCGGCCGCGCCAUCGCCCGCGUGGACGUCUCCCUCGACAACGGACGGACAUGGGAUCAGGCAGAGCUGAUUGACGAUUGUAACAACCCUGCGACUCCCUGCUACGGCAACAAAACGUGGACGUGGAAGCGGUGGAAGUAUUCCAGCCAUCUACCCCCGGCUUCUUCUUCUUCUAUCGUUCCCAAUCCCAAUACCACCACGACGAACGCCAGCGAGGAGGGUAGUAUUAAGGAUGAUAAAAAUCAAAACUGCACAACCUUGAUAGUCAAAGCUAUCGAUGAAGCCUACAAUACCCAACCCGAGUCUCACGCCGGGAUAUAUAACGUGCGAGGUAAUUUGGCUACGGCAUGGCAUCGCGUGAGGAUUUGUCCGGAGUGUGUUACUUGUUGAGGAGGCAAGGGAGAGGAGGAAGGAGGGACAAGGGAAGGAGAAGGGUGAGCGGUAGGUCAGGGAAGUUUGGGAGGCAAGUGUGUGAUAAU